AUGGAGUCGACUCCGCGGAAGCCCCGGAAGCUAAAUAGCCCACGGGGCGUCCACAAAUCCGGCGCCAGUCAUAAUGAUCCGACCCGAACGAUAACCGGUCAAUCAUCUCGUGUUCACAAGAAGCAAUGUGUUCCUGCUGCUCAACAUCGCCGGGCCACGAGUGGUUUCCAGGAAGACUGCUCAGGCGUGUCUACAGGACAUGUAACGCGGAUCGCCGAAGAUAAAUAUGAUGAUCCCGCGCCUGAAAGCUCCCACGAUAUGUUUAAUCUGCCCCUGCCGCGUGGUAUCGACCACGAAGUGCCCCGUUGGGCUGCGGUCUAUUCCAUGGCCGAGGAGGUCAUGCGCUUCCUUCCACCCCAGGACAGUAUAUCGGAUCAAGAGGAAGAGUUGACAAUACCGGACAGCGAGAGGAGUCAUUCGGAUGCAAGAGUCCCUGAAAAUAUUGCUGCUCGCCCAUUGUCAAGCUCCACAAUAAUAGCACAAGGAGAUACAAAGAACCCAGCCCCUGCGCUCGAAAACGAACCCAUACAUAAUAUAUCAGCUACACGGCGUUGGAAUGAUUGGGCCAAUAAUGAAGGCUUGGAGGCAAUGGCUCCAGUGCAUAGUGGUGAAUGGCUGGAUCUAAGCGAUAUUGAUGCUUUGCUUAGAUUUUGA